AUGGACGCCCUCAGAGUCGCACGCGUCGACGACGUCGCCAUAGAGCUCCCCCAGCCCCCCCAGGACACCGCAGCACGCAUCACAGGCGACCUCCAUCUCACCCCCCACCACCUCAUCUUCUCCCAAUCCGCCCCCUCCACCAACCCCCAUCCCGAGAUCUGGAUCCCGUACCCAAACAUCACCCUUCUUACCAGGCUGCCGCAGACCAUAUACGGCCUCUAUCCCGUACAGAUAGAAACAAAGACGUUCGAAAGCUAUGUCUUGCUGUUCAACAAGGACAGAGAGGGCGGUGCGGAAGACGUGUGGCAGAGCGUCAAAGACUGCACAGUGAAAAAUUCUGUGGAACAGCUUUAUGCAUUCUUCUACGUCGCGCCCUCUCCAGGCAAGGGCUGGCAGACAUACAACGCCCGAGCCGAAUUCGCUCGCCAAGGUCUCGGGACGCGUACGAAAGCGUGGCGCUUCACCGAUAUCAACAAGGACUAUUCCUUUUCUCCCACAUACCCCAACAAGCUCGUCGUUCCCAGUCGCAUUAGCGAUUCGACUCUGUCCUAUGCUGCAAAAUAUAGGAGCAAAGCGCGGAUACCAGCGUUGACUUAUCUCCACUGGGCAAACAACGCAUCCAUCACCCGUUCAUCACAGCCCAUGGUGGGCAUGAAGAACUCGCGGUCAUCCCAAGACGAAAGACUGAUCGAGUGCAUCUUCUCCUCCCACCACUUUCUCGAUAACGCCUACUCCUCCACUUCAACCCCCAUAUACGGCGCCACCUCUACCAAUCUCAUCAUCGACGCGCGCCCCACGACUAAUGCUAUGGCAAACGUCGCCAUGGGGGCGGGGACGGAAAAUAUGGAAAAUUAUAAACUGGGCAAAAAGGCGUAUCUGGGCAUUGACAAUAUACAUGUUAUGCGCAGUAGUCUCAAGAUCAUUGCCGAGGCAAUACGAGAGGCAAAUGCCCGACCCACGAUACCCCUGGAUCGCGGGUUGCUUCGAAAGAGUAACUGGUUGCGGCACAUAUCUACUAUCCUAGAUGGUGCCCUCAUCAUCAUCCGCAAUGUUCAUCUCAACGCUUCCCACGUCCUCAUCCACUGCUCAGAUGGGUGGGAUCGGACGGCCCAGCUCAGCGCUGUCGCUCAGAUCGCCUUGGACCCAUACUAUCGAACUUUUGAAGGCUUCAAAAUCCUCGUCGAGAAGGAUUGGCUAUCUUUCGGCCACAAAUUCCUCGAUCGUUCGGGUCAUUUGUCGUCGGAAAAGUAUUUCUCAGUCACAGAGGGUGAAGACGACCUGGAAGAAGAAGGGCCCGGUGGGGGUGCUCAGAGAGCAGCUCAAGCGUUCUUUGCUUCGGUUCAGAAGCAGUUUUCGAGCACUUCCCACCUCAAAGAGAUUUCCCCAGUCUUCCACCAAUUCCUCGAAUGUGUACGUCAAAUCCAACGACAGUUUCCGGAACGGUUCGAAUACAAUGAACAGUAUCUGCUCGAUACCUAUAGACAUCUAUACUCGUGUCAAUUUGGGACGUUCCUUUUCAACAACGAACGAGAAAGGCAAGCUUCACACUCUGGCAAGCCAUACGUUGAGCGCACAGCGUCUGUCUGGGAUUUCAUCGAACAACCCUCAGAACGCGCCAAGCAUGUGAACCCUUCGUAUGAUCCAUCCCUCGACAAGUCAGAUGUCACUUCAGGUACUCCUGAACCCGGGGACCAAGGUGUCUUGCUGUACGAUCCGAAAGAUGUCAAAUUCUGGUUUCGUCUUUUUGGACGCGGUGACGAGGAGAUGAACGGGUCGCCUGUUUCGCUGGCUGCUGGGGUCACUGGAGUGGAUAGUUCCAGCACAGUGACGGGCUCUGAGGAUAACCCUGUCCGGGUGGAGGGAAUUGUACGCAGAGUGACACCUGUAGGUGCGCCACCCACCGACCCCCUCUCAGUACAUGCUACUCCACUGUCCCCCGAACCCGCCACCUCGUCUCCGGGUCCCAAGUCGUGGAAUUGGUCUCAGAUAUCUGGCACCGCUUUCAACGCUGUUCAAUCUGCUGCUCGAGAUUUCCGCACCAUUUCCACCGACGCUUUCGCGCAGAUCAAAGCUGAGGCAGAUGAGCUGGAAAAGCAUGGUUGGGGGAGGGAGGAUGGCCGUAAAAGGUUAGGCUCCGGGGUGACCAGAGAUUCGGGGCCUGUUGCGCCGUCGACGGGGCUGUCGCGAAUGGGCCUGAGAGUUCCCUCGGAAGCCAACCCGUGGGCUUCUGAAUCCCCGAGAUCACCACCCCUAUCUUCCCCCGCUCGCCCAGACCUCGCUCCGUCAAUUCCUGCAGUGGCGGUUCGCCCGGGGCCAAGCAGAACUACAAGUAAUCCAUGGGCGACCGCGCCUACCCCGAUUCCUUCCUUGUCCGGCUUGAGUAUAGAAGACGGAGCAACGAAUGAUGCGGCGGUGCAGGAGAAUGUGGAAGCGACAAAAAUACGGAAGGAUAAUGACGAAAGCUGGGAUCCCCUGGGUGCAUUAUGA